GUGUUUUGGUCAAUCAGUCAUUCGUUCUUUUCUGUUUCCUAUUUUUCUUUGCGAGAAUACUCCUUCAGUUGGGAUACUAUUCAAAUACGAUCUUUCCUAUAUUGAACAAUCCCCUUACCAUACGAUCGAUCCGACCAAAUGUCCAGACCGCUGUCCGUAAACCUUGUUAUUGUUGAAAACGCAGAUUUCUAUUGUAGAAGCGCUUGCGCGAGCGGCACUCACGACCACUCACUCACUAUCACAACUGUCUUCUCAGCUUGCUUCCACUGCGGGUAGAACCAAAAUCUCGCCCAGCUCGCGAACACAACUGAACACAGGUCGGCACUAAAGAGCAGACCAAGCCGCCCAUAAACGCCCCAGCCCCCCGGCGCAGCCCGUACUCAUUGCGCCCUCAAUGCGUUCAAAGCCAUUGCACAAGGCACUUACAAGAAAAACUCUUAAAGCGAGUCAUCACCAUCAGAAAGAAAGAAAACACUACCGGAGUGAUUUUUUUUUUUGUAUCAUAGCUUCAACUUUGCUGUCUAACCUGAUGCGUUGGCGAAUUCUCGCCGGUCGUCCACACCUGUCCCUUUUGUCGCCCCGUUUUGGAGGGACUGACUGACUGUCUGACUGGGCAACUGGAAGCAAACCGCUCCGAGUCGGAUAUCUCAUACCCAGCGCUUACACACACGCCCACAACUCCACCACUGCCGAGAGUGGGCUGAUUAGAAGCGCGCCAGCGAUACCAAUCCGGAUCGCGCACUGCGCUCCCAUCCACUCAGGCUAACCGCGGGACAAGGUCAACCAUACUAUACUGUAUAUAGAGUACUCAAAAAAAACUAUGUAAACGAUACUAGUCCGGUCCAACCAACGGCUGCAGAGGGGUGCUUGAAUAUUCGCAAUGAGACACGGGGAUCGGUAUAGGUGUUGAGUGGUCAUUGGGGAUCACUCGGCUAGUCAAUUGGUCGGUUAGUGCUUCCAGUUUGGAGGGAUGAAGAGAGGUGGGGGGGGGAACUUCUUUAGGUAGCUCACAUCACGUCAUGGUUGUACAAAGUGGCAUGCAUAUUCGUGAUUGAACUUCUAAUGUACUGUACCCGAGUAUUCGUUCAUGUCUAGAAAGAAACCAGGAAAUAGGGAAACAAAGAACGAAAGUUAGAGCACCAUCCGGUAGCACAUCGUAAAUUUAUAUACAUUGAAGAAUCUGGAAAGAAAAAGAAAAUCGUUAAUGUUACAGACCUAUCUAGUGCUCACUGUAUCCAUCGGUCCACCCGCCCAUUACCACCUAUUCACCCACCAAGUACCCAUGGUUCC